CGACCCAGCUCUAGUUUAGGGAAACAUUUGAGAAAGCGUGCAAGUUUGAAUAUUAAAAGUUCUUUGAAAGUUUAGUUUAAAAUUAAAGAGAAUGGCAGGCAGAGGAAAUCUACUAAGCUUAUUUAAAUGUAAGAUUCUUGCUUCGGAUAUAUCAUCUUCGAGUGAUGAUCGCGCAAUCGACAGCGGUUUGGAUGUGAACCACUCAAAUACAAGUGGGGAAUCUCUUCAAUUAAAAAAGAAUAAUGAAUCUAAUCUCCUAAGCACCCUUCAAAGUAUAAACAUAUCGGUUGGUCGAGGACGUGCGCAACUUAUAAAUACGUUGAAAAACGACGACACAGUAUCAAAAGAAAUUAUACCUUUUAAAUGUCAUUCAAAUUCAACAGAAAACAAAUCCCACCCGGAACAUGAACCGACUAGUCCUAGAAAUGAUAUAUUUAAUUUCAAUGUCGUUCACGGAGCAAAAGGUUCCUCGGUUAAUUUAUCCUGCAACUAUUUACAACUAAGAGCGGAUAAAUCGAAAGGAGUUUUUCAUUAUGAGGUGCGUUUUUUUCCUCCCGUAGACUCAGUUCAUUUAAGACUGAAGUGCCUUAACGAUCAUAAAGAUAAACUUGGAGGUACCAAAACAUUUGAUGGCAAUACCUUGUACUUACCAAUUUUGUUACCAAAUCAGAUGACCGUCUUUGUAUCGAAAGUGGAAGAUGUUGAAAUUCAGAUUCGUAUUUUAUAAAAAAAGGAGGCUCUUCAGAACUGCAUCCAUUUAUAUAAUAUUUUGUUUGAUCGAGUUAUGAAAGCAUUAAAAUAUGUAAGAUUUGAUCGGAAACAGUUUGACCCAUCUUGCCCUAAAAUAAUACCACUGGCUAAACUAGAAGUUUGGCCAGGCUAUGUUACUGCCGUUGAUGAAUAUGAAGGUGGUUUAAUGCUUUGCUGUGACGUUUCUCAUCGUAUAUUAUGUCAAAAAACCGUUUUAGAUAUGCUGGUUGAUAUAUACCAACAAAACGGCGACGAUUACCAAGUAUGCGUUAGAAAGUCAUUGGUUGGAAAUAUAGUAUUAACAAGAUACAAUAACCGUACAUAUAAAAUAAAUGAGAUUUGCUUCGAUCAAAGUCCAAUGUCAGAGUUUCGAACCAAAACUGGAGCCAUAAGUUAUAUGGACUAUUACAAGCAAUACCACAAUAUACAAAUUAAAGAUAAGAAUCAGCCAUUGCUUCUUAGUAUUAAAAAAUUAAGAGCUAAACCAGAUGAACAGGAAGAAAUACAAUUUUGCUUAAUUCCCGAAUUGUGUUAUCUAACAGGACUUCGCGAUGAAAUUCGUUCUGAUAAUAAACUUAUGCGUGAAAUCGCAACAUUUACAAGAGUUUCUCCAAACCAACGGCAGCUUGCGUUAAACAAAUUUUACGAUAAUGUUUCAAAAACUCCCGCCGCACGAGAAAUUCUUAACAGUUGGGGACUUUCACUUACCAAAGACUGCAUUAAGUUAAAAGGACGACAAAUGGACAUAGAACAAAUUUAUUUUUCCAAAACGACGGUAUCAGCCGGAAAAAAUGCAGAAUUUUCCAAACAUGCUGUGAACAAUGAAAUGCUGGAAGUAAUUAACCUAAAUAAUUGGCUUAUAAUACACUUAAAGAACGAUACAAGAGCUGUGUCAAACUUACUUGACAAUAUAAAAAAGUGUUGUGGACCUCUUGGGAUUAAUGUGUGUAAACCCAUUAUAAUUUCUUUAGACCAAGAUCGAAUCGAUAGAUAUAUUGAAGCUUUACGACGAAAUAUAGCUUUGAAUACACAAAUAGUCGUCUGCAUUUGCCAUAACAGUAGAGACGAUCGAUAUUCAGCUAUAAAAAAAAUAUGUUGCUCCGAACUACCAAUUCCAUCACAGGUUAUAAAUGCAAAGACCUUAUUAAAUGAGUCAAAAAAUCGUUCUGCUGUACAAAAAAUUAUCUUACAAAUGAAUUGUAAAGUUGGAGGUUCAUUAUGGACGGUUAAAAUACCUUUUAAAAAUGUUAUGAUUUGCGGAAUGGACUCGUAUCACGACCCUUCAAAUCGGGCAAACUCUGUUGCUGCAUUUGUGGCUUCUUUGAAUUCAUCGUACACAAAAUGGUAUAGCAAAGCUGUCGUUCAAACAAAAAGUGAAGAGAUUUUGAAUGGAAUAGCUGUAAUUUUUGAAAAUGCUCUACGAAUAUAUCAAAGACGUAAUGGUUAUUUGCCGGAAAAUGUAAUUAUAUACAGAGAUGGAAUAGGAGAUGGACAGCUAACUACUUGCUUAAAAUACGAAAUUCCACAAUUUGAAGCGAUUUGUGGAGAUCGGAUCAAAGUUACAUUUAUUGUAGUUCAAAAACGAAUCAACACUAGAAUUUUUUCGGCUUGGGAAAAUAAAUUUGAUAAUCCGUUGCCAGGAACUGUCGUUGAUCAAUAUAUAACCAAAUUAAAACUCUAUGAUUUUUUUUUGGUUUCGCAAUUGGUGCGACAGGGAACUGUAACUCCUACCCAUUUUGUGGUUUUACGAGAUGACGCCAAAUAUGGACCAGAUAUUAUUCAAAAAUUAAGCUAUAAAUUGUGUUUUUUAUAUUACAAUUGGACUGGGACUGUACGAAUUCCAGCUUGCUGUAUGUAUGCUCAUAAAUUGGCUUAUUUAAUUGGACAAAGCAUUCAACGAGAUGUGACAGAUGCGCUUUCGGAAAAACUUUUUAUCUUUAAACAUUACAAACAAUGUAUGCUCACCUAAUAAAAUGGAAAAUAUUAAAUUAUCA